UAUAGGUUUCCUUCGUAGUUGCUCUCACUUGCGAUCAGUCGUUUCCCAGCGGAACUUUGCUGUUAUUCUCCACCCUCGCACGCAGGCUGUCACACUGGAGCGAAAUGAUUGUUCUUUCCAUAUUUACGUUCAUGGACAAAAGCUAUUAUUAACAUAGGACUACUUUCUACGAUCAAAAUGAAGAAAAGUGGAAUAAAACGCUCGCAUACUGAGUGGUAGGACUGAAGAAACCUCUUUCAACCCAUCAAGUGCCUGAGGGAGCAGAGGUCAAAUGGCAAAGUGGCUCAAAGACUAUUUGAGUUUUGGGAGCAGGAGGAUGCCUCCUCAGCCACCGAAACCAGACUACACAGAGAGUGAGAUACUGAAAGCCUAUCGGGCUCAGAAGAAACUAGACUUUGAGGACCCAUACGAGGACUCUGAGAACCGGGCCAGAAACGAGUCUGGGUCCUCAGACUCCUCCUACCCUGCCUUUGGUUCUCCUCUGAAGUCCGCCAGCCUGGAUAUGAAGGUUGCAUCUCCCAAACAUCGCCUCAUCAAGAUGGACUCUCAGGACCUGGGGCGAACUAAGAUCUUACUGAGUGCCGUCUCCCUAGAAGAUCAAGAGCCUGUGGUUCCGUCAGCCCCAGCAGUAAGAGAUGCAGAUUAUUCUGAUCCGUUUGAUGCUCACACAAACCCCCGGCCAGAGUCUGAUCUGGGACCUGUGCACUGCGAGAACAACGGCUACAUGGAGCCUUACGAGGCCCAACGCGUCAUCACAGAGUUGCAGCACGGUCCCGGAGUGGGUCGGACACAAGGCGAGGUGCAGCUCUACGACACCCCCUAUGAGAAUGAGCGGGGGCGGCCGCUAGGGGUGGGGCUGGGGUACAGCAACCCCCUGGAGGAAGGCAGGGAGAGCCGGUUGCCGCAGGAUGACGAGCGGCCAGCAGACGAGUACGACCAGCCAUGGGAGUGGAAAAAAGAGAACAUCUCUAAAGCCUUCGCAGUGCAGUUUGAUGGUGCUGAGUGGGAACGGUCCUCGUCCCCCACCGAGCGCCUGCGUCCACCCAGGUCCAGUCCCCUGGCAGGAGGGAGCAUGAAGUUCCGGAUGCCCUGCUCUGACCCUCACAACAUGAUGGGGGAGAGAGUAGACCCCAACCUGCCCCUGGAGAAACAAGUGUGGUACCACGGGGCACUGUCGCGGUCAGAGGCAGAGUCUCUGUUGACCCUGUGUAAGGAGUGUAGCUACCUGGUGAGGAACAGCCAGACCAGCCUCAACGACUACUCUCUCUCACUACGGAGCUGCCUAGGCUUCAUGCACAUAAAGUUCAGCCAGUGUAAGGAUGGGAAGUACGUCCUGGGGCAGAACAGCCUGCCAUUCAACACCAUCCCAGAGGUCAUCCACUUCUACACCACACACAAGCUACCAAUCAGAGGAGCCGAACACCUGUCUCUGCUCUUCCCUGUGCUCGUACAGACCCUCUGAUUUGCUGGGACAAUGGUCCUGGAAUCCUAGGUCACAUUGUGAUUGGAAAUUGACUUUAGAUUGUGUAAAUUCCUUUAAUAUUCGAGUCAAUCGGGCCAUCUGUGCUCUCGUUGGACUAGGCUAUUUGGUUGAGGAUUCAGCAUCCGCUGCUUUGUCAAUACCUUCACAGACCUUCUCGUUUCUGUUGUGCCAAAUCUCUGUGAUCUGGGAACAGAUUCAUAUGAAACGCAAUACCUGGACUGUACCAACACCUUCUCUCUGUAGCCUACCUGGGAUGCUAUCUGGACUGACUGUUGCAGAAAGAGCUUCUCACUGAGCUAGUGCUGCUGCCUGUACUGCUCCACUGGUUGACAGUCUGAGGGGAAACGUGGUUCUACUCACACAAACCUUUGUUGAUUUGAUUCUCUCUGUACUGUUAAGUAAACCUAUUUGUCAAUGCUUUAUGUUGACGAACUGGUGUCAACCCGCGUCACUUACUGUAUGGCUGUUGUAGCAGCAGCUGUGUCUGAUUGUACUACUGUUGCCGUGUGGUUGUCAUAUGAUCUGUUUGUCUGGACACUGUCACUGACUGGUUGCAGUGCUCUGUAGUUGACCAGAACCAUUUUCAAUGGCGAGACAAAGGUAUAAACUGCCAUAUCAGUGGUAAUGGGUGUUAUGGUUUAAUGAUUAUUCUUACUAUCUGGGUCGUCAUAAUCAAUGGCAUUGUUGUCGUCUCUGAUUGUAAUUAUGGAUAAGACGUUUUCUCAUUUACCUGCUGUGUUCAACAAUAAACAGUUUCUUAAAGA